AUGACAAGCGUCGAUGAGCUCUUCAAGAGCUCUGGUCUCCCAAGCAAGCGCAAGCUAGACCCGGUACGCGAUCCUAGCGAAAUAUAUAAGUCUGCAAAACUCUCCACAAACGGGUCAAGCCGACAUGCACACGUGGAGGACGACGGGCCCGAGGAUGAUGAUAUCGAAGCUGGGCCAGCCCCACCUCCUGAAGACGGCGAAGAUGGCGACUAUGGUCCGGAGUUACCACCAGAUGAUGAGGAGGGGCGGUUCUUUGGCGGAGGCAUAACGGCGCAGGAGUCGGAGAUUCUCGACUAUGUUGACGGCCAGGAUGAAGAGGACACUGCGCCGGAGAAGAUCGACGGGCCGUGGCUGAGAAAGACCGCUCUCAAGUUUGAGCAGCACAUCAACAAGAACGCACAGCUACGGGCAAAAUACGAGAGCGAACCGCAAAAGUUCAUACAGAGCGAAGCCGACCUCGAUGCCGACAUCAAGGGAUUGUCCAUCCUGGGCGAACAUCCAGAACUGUAUCCUGUCCUAGUAGAGCUGGGCACGGUAGGAAGUCUGGUUGGACUAUUGGCACACGAGAACACAGAUAUUGCCAUCUCGGCAGUAGAAAUCAUUGGCGAGCUUACGGACGAGGAUGUCGCAGCGACGGAUGAGCAAUGGGAUGCCUUGGUGGAGGCUCUGUUGGAAGCAGAUUUGAUCGGGCUGUUGGUUUCGAAUUUCUCGAGGCUGAACGAGGCAGAAGAUGAAGCGGACAGGAGUGGAGUCUACUAUGCGCUCAGUGUGAUUGAAAAUCUGUGCUCGCGGUCUACGACAUCAGAACAGAUCGGGAAGGAUGAGAAACUACUGGAAUGGCUGCUUCAGAGGAUCCAGAAGGACGAGAAGCCUGUCACCCAGAACAAGCAGUAUGCUGCGGAGAUACUCGCAAUUCUAGUACAAUCAUCAGCGGCAAAUCGGCAGAAACUCGCGAGCUUGGAUGCCGCGGAUAUCAUGCUUCAGCUCGUGGCAGCUUACAGAAAACGGGACCCUGAGAAAGGUGGCGAGGAGGAAGAGUACAUGGAGAAUCUCUUCGAAGCUCUUACCUGUAUUGUUGACGAACCCGAAGGAAAAGCGAAAUUUAUUGAUGCAGAGGGAGUUGAAUUGUGUCUAAUCAUGCUCAAGGAGGGCAAACUAAGCAAGGCAGCUGCACUCAGACUUCUAGAUCAUGCUGUGGGAGGUCGGAAUGGCGCAGACAUGUGCCAAAAGCUGGUGGACGCCGGUGGUCUGAAGACAACUUUCACGAUGUUUAUGAAGACCAAGGACAACCAAUCGACGGAGCAUCUAGUUGGAAUAUUCUCCUGGAUGCUGAGGCUUUUGCCCGGAAACUCGCCUGAACGGAUACGAACGCUUGCUAAGUUCGUUGAGAAGGAUUACGAGAAGACCGAAAAGCUUGUCAAACUACGGAGAGACUACGUAGCACGCCUCUCCUUUGUCGAAGAGCAAAUCGUGAAAGAGCAGAAGGGGAUGGACGGUGAAGACAAGGAAGUGAUGGCGGACGAGUGGUUUUCAAGGAGGUUAGAUGCUGGGCUCUUCACCCUACAGACCAUCGAUGUGAUUCUGGCGUGGCUGAUUGCAGAGGAUGACGGGGCAGGGAAGAAGAUCAAGUCAUUACUAGCAGAUCGUGAUGAGACAUUUGGGGUCAUCAAGACUACUAUACAGGAGCAACUUGAAGGCAUAGACCCGGAUACGGAAGAUGGCAAGGAAACUCGAGAAAUCCUGACGACUCUGGUCGACUUCUUGUAA